UGCAGACACAGAGAACAGGGAUGACUCAGAGAGGUCCAUUCAGCACCUUCUCUGUGAGGACAACAGCUUCUUCUCCUCAUGCAACAGCUGCCAUUUCUGCUGACACCUCCUCUUCAGGGGCAACAUCACCUGCUUCACAGUCCUCUGCCACCAGCUCACCAGCAACAACCACAGCUGCUCAGUCCACAGCACCUUUGUCGAGCACCCCUCCUAAGGAAACACGGAGUUCUCCUCAGAGCCGGCAGACUCAAGGGACAGAGACGACUCAGAGAGAUCAAGCCAGCCCCUCCUCCUCUGUGAGGACAACAGCUUCCUCUCCUCAUCCAACAGCUGCCAUUUCUGCUGAUACCUCCUCUUCAGGGGCAACAUCACCUGCUUCACAGUCCUCUGACACCAGCUCACCAGCAACAACCAUCACCUCCACAGUCACCUCAGGGGCCAACACUGAGGCAACAUCAUCCUUAGUGCCAACCAGCUUGUCACCACGCACCACAGCUGGCUCAGUGACAACACAGACAGCUACUCAGUCCACAGCACCUUUGUCGAGCACCCCUGCUAAGGAAACACCAACUUCUCCUCAGGGCCUGCAGACACAGAGAACAGGGCCGACUGCAAUAACUUCUUCCAGCACCAUCUCUACCGCACCCACGUCCACUUUUGUCUCACCUGCCGUGACACCCAACCCCACCUACUCUGGUCUCCAGGAGACGUCACCUUCAGGCGUCUCCCUCUUUCCCUACGGGCGGCCAAACGGAGACACGGAAUUUGUCGUGAGGAACGUAGACUUCAGCUCGCCGCUCUUCAGGCCACAGAUGGGCUUCCCCCUCGGCUCCUCCCUCCGGGACGUCCUCUACUUCACCGAUAAUGGUCACAUGGUCUUCCCGGAGUCCGAGAGCCAGCGCCCCUCCUUCCCCAACCCUCCCCGGCGGGGCUUCACGGCCUGGGACCGCGUGGCCGUUGUGGCUCCCUUCUGGGAAGACGCCGACUUCUCCAGUGGCAGGGGGACCGUGUUUUACCAGGUGUAUGAGACACUGUUUGCCACCAACACGCUGGUGCAGAAGGUGGAGUCCUGGAUUGAGAGGCUGACAGACGCCCAGGACUACAAAGCCAGGUGGACCCUCAAGGUCACAUGGGUCAAGGCCCCUGCCUACCCUGCCCAGAGGGACUUAGGGACAAACACCUACCAGGCCGUCCUCACCACGGACGGGACCAGAGCCUAUGCCCUGUUCCUCUAUCUGCAUGGCGGCAUGCGGUGGGACUCCACGCAGAGGCUGGGAAACCCCGUGCUCAUGGGCUUCUCCAGUGGGGACGGGCACUUCAGAAACAGCCCGCUGACCUCCCGGCACCCGUGGGAGAGGUACCGGCCUGACCAGUUCCUGGACCCCAGCUCAGGCCUCCGGGGGCUGCAGGUGUUCAGGCUGCACGCGGAGGAGAGGCCCAACUUCCGGCUGCAGUGCCUGCGGUGGCUGAGGGGAGAGGCUCCGGGGCCCGGUGGACACCCGCUGUCUUGCCCUUGCACCUGGCAGCAAGGACAGUGGGACUUGCGCUUCCAGCCGGUGCACACAGGCGGGUGGCACCUCGGAAGCAGACACCUCUGCAGCUUCUCGUCCUGGCGUGGGGGUGUGUGCUGCAGCUACGGAGCCUGGGGAGAACUUCUGGAAGGCCACAGAGCACACAGUGCCUGGCAGCUGGAGCGAGAGCUGCAGGCUCAGGACUGGUGCUGCGGCUGGAACGACAGGCCCUACUUCUGUGACCUGUACCAGAGGGUGCGGCCCCCCGUCAGCUGUGCUGGGUACCGGCCCCUGAGACCGGGCUGGAUGUUUGGGGACCCCCACAUCACCACCCUGGACGGCCACAGCUUCACCUUCAACGGGCUAGGAGACUUCCUGCUGGUCGGGGCCCAGGGCGGCAACUCCUCCUUCCAGCUGCAGGGCCGCACUGCCCAGACCAGCUCCGCCCAGGCCACCAACUUCAUUGCCUUCGCAGCCCGGUACUCCGGCAGCCUGGGAAACGUCACGGUCCAGUGGCUCCUCAAGCCCAAUGACACCAUGCAGGUGCUGCUUCGUAACCAGAGCGUGACGCUGGAGACCCUCGGCGUGGACGCAGAUGGCCAGCAGCUGCUCAGCGCCCCUGGGGUGGUGGUGACCCAGCGUGGCUCACAGGUGUCAGCCAGCUUUGACGGGGCGGCCGUGGUGUCCGUGGAGGCCCGCUCCGACCUCCUGCACGCGUCCUGCGGCCUCCCAGAGGAGUACCGGGGCAGCACGGAAGGCCUGCUGGGCCUCUGGAAUGGGGACCCAGAGGACGACUUCAGGAUGCCCAACGGCAGCACUGUGCCCCCAGGCAGCUCUGAGGAGACGCUUUUCCACUACGGGAUGAGCUGGAGAAGCAUGGAACCCAGCCUCCUUGGCGAGAGAGACGGCCAGCUGCCUCCCCACUUCACCCCCGUGUUCCUCUCCCAUCUGCUGGAAAGGUUCCCCAAUGACAGCCGGGUGUCCGCCUGUGAGGGGGACCAGGCCUGCAUCUACGACGUCCUGGCCACGGGGAACAGCGCCACCGGGCUGGCCACCAGGCGGGUCCUGAGGGAGUUCCGGCGGGUGAACGCCUCAGCCCACCAGCACCCGCCCGCCGUCCGCGGCCCCCGUGAGGUGCACAUCUACCGGGGCCGGCCCACGCGGGCUGUGUACACGACCAGCCCCCCAGACGCGGACGCCCGGCUCGGGCUCAGGACCCGCUGCAAGAACUUCCAGCUCGCAGAGGACGGGACGUUACUGUGGAGGCCAGAGCAGCUGGAGCCCUGCACGCUGGAGAUUCUGGCAAGGAGCAACAGGAGCAGCCUGGCCUCUGUCCUCAGGCUGAAGACGGUGGUGUGCGUGUGCAGAGAGGAGGCCCAGUGCUUAUACAACCAGACCCGCAGGGUGGGCAACUCCUCCCUGGAGGUGGCCGACUGCCUGUGUGACCCGGGGACCUUCGGCCGCACCUGCGAGCAUCCCAGGGACCCCUGUGAGGAGCUGUGUUACCCGGGUGUGGCCUGCACCCCGGAGAAAGGGUGCAAGGCCUGCCCCCCUGGCUUCACUGGGGACGGACGUCACUGUGCGGCCCUGGACAGCGCCGUCUUCUGCCAGAACAAGUCCUGCCCCAAGAACUUCUGCUACAACCAGGGCCACUGCUCCCUGUCCCAGAGCCCGGACUGCCAGCCCACCUGCACCUGCCCCCCCGCCUUCAGCGACCCUCGCUGCUUCCUGGCUGGGAACAACUUCACUCCGACACUCCGGAAGGAGCUUCCCCUGAGGGUGAUCGAGCUCCGGCUCCGUGAAGAGGAGAAUGCCUCCAAGGCCGACGUGGACGCCUCGGUGGCUCACAGACUGCGCGGCCUGGACGUCAGAGCCUUCCUGCGGAACAGCCAAGUGCAGCUGAUCUCCAGGUGGGUGCUGGCUUCGGGAAGGCCCCUCCAGCAAUGGGUGGUCAUCUCUGAGUUCCAGUAUCGCCCUGGGGGCCCCGUCAUCGAUUUCCUGAACCAGCGGCUGCUGCCUGAGGUGCUGGCGGCCUUCCUGCUUCAGGCUCCCCGGCAGGGGUGGGGCAGGAGCUCAGGGCCCAGGACGAACGUGGCCUUCUACCCCCUGUCCGCAGGGGACGUGCACAGUAUUCAAGCUGCCAACGUCAGCGCCCUGAGCACCUUCCUGCGGUGUGAUGGCUACGCCGGCUACCGCCUCCACUACGGCGCCCCCAGCGGCUUCUCCUGCGUGUCCCCCUGCAGCGAGGGCUACUGUCAGAACGGAGGCCAGUGCCAGCACCUGCCCCAGGGGCCCCGCUGCAGCUGUGUGCCCUCCUCCAUCUACACGGCCUGGGGCGAGCACUGUGAGAACCUCAGCGUGAAGCUCGGAGCCUUCUUGGGGAUUCUCUUUGGGACCCUGGGGGGCCUCCUGCUGCUGGGGGCCGCGGUGUUUGUGGUCCUACGCUUCUGGGGUUUCUCCAGGACCCUGUACUCCUACCCCCUGGACUUGGAACGCUGAGUACUCCCCCGAGAAGUGGCUGCGGCCCGGGAUUCCCAGAGACCCCCCCCCGCACUCUCCCCAGCAUCAGAAGCGGGCUCCAAGGGGCAGGAGGGAGCUGCCCACCAGGACGGCCUCUCACGGGAGGACGCGGACCAGCCCGGCACAGCAGCCACCGGAGGAGGCAGGACACAGACCUUCAACCCCAGACCCACACGCACACAGACCCUCUGAUUAAAGUCUCUCAAACACCCCUCUGGCGUGUCUG